AUGGCAAUGGCAAAUAACAAAACAUACUGUUUUACAUGUAAUAAAGAAAAAAUAACAUUUUCUUGUGAAGGAUGUUCAAAAAGAUUUUGUUUAACACAUUUAACAGAACAUCAAAAGAACUUAAGUGAUGAAUUAAACCAUAUUAUUAAUGAUUAUGAUCAAUUUAAACAAAUAAUUAAUGAACAAAAACAAAAUCUACAAAAUCAUUCAUUAAUAAAAGAAAUUAAUCAAUGGGAAAGAAAUUCAAUUGAAAUAAUCCAACAAAAAGCACAAAAUUGUAGAGAAUUUGUGAUUAAAUCUUCAGAAAUAUUUAUUAAUGAUAUUGAAAUAAAAUUUAAUAGUUUAUCUGAACAAAUAAAAGAACUUUAUAAAGAAAAUGAAUAUAAUGAAAUUAAUUUAAAUUAUUUAAAAAAUCAAUUAAUAGAAACUACAGAGGAAUUCAAUGAUCCAUCAAAUAUUUCCAUUAAAGAAGAUUCACAAUCAUUUAUUAAUGAAAUUUCAAUUAUUUCAUCCAAAAAAUCAAAAUUUAAUCAAUGGAAAGAAAAUGUCAUCAUUAUGGCUGGUGGAAAUGGAAUAGGACAAGAAUUAAAUCAACUCGAUCACCCUCUUGGAAUCUUCAUUGAUGAAAAGAAAAAUAUUUUCAUUGCUGAUUGGUUAAAUCACCGUAUAGUUCAAUGGAAAUAUAAUGCUAAACAAGGACAAAUCAUUGCAGGUGGAAAUAAACAAGGAUAUCAAAUGGAUCAAUUGAAUUGUCCAGCAGAUGUGAUUGUUGAUCAACAAAAUCAUUCGAUCAUCAUUGCUGAUCGUGAUAACAGACGAGUGAUCCGAUGGAUAAAUCAAAAUCAACAAAUUCUCAUUGGCAAUAUUGACUGUCGUAGUUUGGCAAUAGAUAAAUAUGGAUUUCUUUAUGUUUCUGAUUGUGAGAAGAAUGAAGUGAGACGAUGGAAAAUGGGUGAAUAUAACAACGAGGGAUUUGUAGUAGCAGGUAGAAAUGGAAAAGGAAAUCAACUCAAUCAACUUGAUUGUCCUACUUUUAUUUUUGUUGAUGAAAAUCAAUCGGUUUAUGUAUCAGAUCAAGACAAUAAUCGUGUGAUGAAAUGGAGAAAAUAUGCAAAAGAAGGAAUUGUUGUGGCUGGAGGAAAUGGUGGAGGAGCAAAUCUCGAUCAAUUGUCUUCACCUCAAGGAGUAAUCGUUGAUAAUUUAGGUCAAAUCUAUGUGGCAGAUUAUGGGAAUGAUCGAGUGAUGCGUUGGUGCGAAGGAAAAGAAGAAGGCGAAACUGUUGUUGGUGGAAAUGGUGGAGGAAAUCAACAAAAUCAAUUGAAUUAUCCUCGUGGUUUAUCUUUUGAUGACGAAGGAAAUCUUUAUGUUGCUGACUGUUGGAAUCAUCGAAUUGUAAAAUUUGAAAUAGUUUUAUGA